GGGCUUCGGGCAUUUUCUCCCCUCCGUAGAUUGCAGAAGCUUUUCUGUUUUUUUCUUUGCCUCCCUAGUAUUUUGGGUCGAGAAAUCCCCAGGAGGUGGGGGAAUUCGAGGCAAGGGUUAGCGAAAAUCCGGGGAAUUUGGCGGUCCCUUCCGCGGUGAUCGAUACUUUUACGCUUUAUUCGCGAGAUUUUUUAGGGUUUAUCUUGGGGUUUUCGUUUUCCCCAGUCGUAUUUCGUAGAGGAAAUUCGUCCCUGUGGAAAUUUCGUUUUUUUAUUGGGGUUUUCUUCCGUGCUACUGUGAAAUUCGGAAUCUUGUCAGAGAAAGGAGGAAGGAAAAGCGAAAACAAGAAAACAAGGGGGGAUUUUGUACCUCGAGCUUGUUCUUCUGGUGCUCACUUGCGACCUAGGUCGGCGAAUCUUGCGGGUGCUUGGCCGCGGCGGGAUCGAAAGGAGGAGCCUUUUCUUGGUUGCUCUGCUCGUGCUGUGUGCUUGUGAGGGGGAGUCAUGUCGUCGGCGGCGGCGGCGGGCGAAGCGGCGUAUGGCGGCGGCGUGCAGAAGAGGGCGCUGCAGCAGCACCAGCCGCAGCAGCCCGGCCCCGGCGCGCUCCUUUACGCCCCCAAUAGCGUCGCCGUCUACAGGAAACCCGCCAUUCCGCCGUUCUACCAGCAGCCCGCGGCCAGCAAUGCCGCUGCGCCGACGGCGCCCACCCGCUCCCCCGCCAGCGCCGAUCCUCUCAAGCGCAAGCGCGGGCGCCCGCGCAAGUAUGGACCCGCGGACGGCGCCUCGCCGCUGGCUGUCGUGUCCCCGUCCCAAACAGCUCCUGCCCCAGCUGAUGUUGGCACCGACUCUGGCGCGUCACCCAAGCUUCCUCCCGGCUUCUCUCCGAGCCCGCAGGGUGGGGGUGUGGUGGGUCCCCAAGCAUCUCCGGCGGCGGCGCCGCUGCCUGCGUCAAAUGCUUCACCUGCCAUGAAGAGGGGCCGGCCGCUGGGCUCCACUAACAAGAAGCCGCAGCCGCAGGCGGCAGCGCCAGGACCAGGCUGGGCGGGAUGGAAACCUCAUGUUUUCACAGUCCAAGCUGGAGAGGAUGUAGUGUCAAGAGCCAUGUCAUUUUCUGGGAACGGAUGGGCAGUUUGUAUCCUCACAGCCAAUGGUGCUGUAUCCAAUGUGACCCUGCGUCAAGGAGAUUCUUCUGGCGGAACAGUAACUUAUGAGGGCAGUUUUGAGAUCCUCUCUUUGGCUGGCUCAUAUCUGCUGUCAGAAAGUAGUGGGAUGAGCAGUCGAACAGGUGGACUUAGUGUCUCACUUUCUGGUCCUGAUGGGCGUGUUUUAGGUGGUGCUGUAGCAGGACCUCUAACUGCAGCUUCGCCAGUUCAGGUGGUCAUUGGGAGCUUUCUAUCUGAUGGGAAAUUGGAGCUUGAUCCUGGAUCAACACCUGACAAAACUGUUUUCGGUGGGUUUCCUACUGCCAGCAGUCCAUCGUCGAGGGGUACUGAAUCCUCUGGUGGGCAUGGAAGCCCACCGAAUCCUGCUGCCUCGUUCAAUACGGGCAGCCAACCAAGCUUUCCUAACUUCCCUACAUGGAAAUGAGCUUACCUGAAUCCUACUGUCCGCCUGCCCCAGCUGUGGGGACUAGACUUAUGUAGAUUGUUGUCUUGUAAUGUGCCAUUUGGUUAGGUAGGUUUAUGCUUAUCCUAUUUUUGGUACUUCUAACUGGUUACAAUGAAGUUUUACCUUGUUGCUUAUCACAUGAUUGAGAUCCUCAAGAUUCCGUCAAGUUAAAAGCAAUCUGCAAAGGUUGGAACC